UUACCAUCACUCAUGAGCUCUUUGCAUCAUACAGAGAAAAACCCCCCACUCCAAUUGCUGCACUCCUUCAUUUUCUCUGGCUGGUAGAAGACAACUAAAGGGAACGGUUAAGGGAAAAUAGACGCUACUAAACCCAGGGAUUUGGAUUAAACCAAAACAAGUCCUUUGUGGAUUUUUUAAAAACUUUUUUAAAAUUUAUUUUCUUCCUACAAGCUUCUUUUCUCUGAGGCUAUAGAGAUGCCCCUCUCAGCAACUCCAGCUCCUCCCAACACGAAGAAAAAGUCCUCUAAAAUCAUUACUGACCUCUCCAACAUCACACAAAAUGAGGAAGACGAAACAGAAGCCACUGAGUUUGACCUUGGGACUAAGAUUAAGACGCCUAAGGAAGUGAUGCUGGAGGAACUGUCUCUGAUGAAAGGCAAAGGCUCUAAGAUGUUCAAAAUGAGGCAGCAGAGAGUGGAUAAGUUCGUCAUCAGUGCUGAGAACCUGCAAAACCUCCAGAACCUGGCACCUCCUGUAAACUCUGAAAAGACCCCACCCAAGACCCUCCCCAAACCAGAGCCUCCAAAAGAUGAAGUAGAACCUGAGACUGAGAAGGAGAAGAAGAGCUGUGAGUAUGUUAAAACAUAUGUCUCACCAUGGGAAUGUGCUAUGAAAGAUGAUGAUGAGCUCAAAGCCACCCUGAAGCCACAAAUGCCAGGGCCUCAUGUGCACAAGGACCUGCCCCAAUACAAGAGUUUCAAUAGAACAGCGCUGCCUUUUGGAGGAAUUGACAAGGCUUCUCACCUGCUGACAUUUGAGAUCCCUGAGAUCAAGCUUGGCUCUGAAGAACCAGAGCAACUUCCUGUGUUCCAAUGUGACAUCGACUCUCGACCAUCUUUCAACCGUACUCCCAUUGGCUGGGUGUGCAGCGAAGAGCCCAGCUACAUUCCCCUGACCCUGGAACCCAUCCCCUUCGAAGGAGAGACUGAAGACCUCUGAGGACCAUGUUCUGCUGAUUCAUGCAGGCCAUAGCUAUCUCAGGUCAACUUAAAUCAAUAUUGUAGUGUUGGAGAUAUUUGCCAGAUCUCUUGGGUACUGGCAGCUAUGAAGUAAACAGCCAAUAUAUUUUAACACUGUAUGGGAAUGUACAAAUGAGAUGUAAAUACAGCUAUGUACUAUACAUAACCAAGUGGAGCCACCUCAUAAUAUGAGUUUGUUUAAAAAGUCAAAAAAUUGGGACAUGCCAGAAACAUUGUAUUCAUUACCAUGAACGAUCAUUCAAUACAUAAAUAAAAGGAAUUCAAUUCUA